AUGCUUAAAUCACUUAACAAGAAGCUCUGCCUCCUCUGCUCUCGCCUUCGCUGGCCCAGUCACCGCCGCUCCAAGCCUAAAAUUAUCAUCGAAAGGUUUGGAAAAAAUAGCUCCAAAUUUCAAGAUGAUGCCAACAGUGAAGUGAGCAUUAAUGGGUCGGCUGCAGUUCAUCCAAAUGGCGAAUUGGGUAGUCUAAAAUCGGAAAAGCCUAUACGGAUAGCUACAUUCAAUGCUGCCCUCUUUUCCAUGGCACCAGCAAUUCCUGAGGCUGAGAAGAGAACAAGUUUUGAAAUUGGAAAUGGAGAUAUAAUGAAUUUUAGGAGGUCAAUGGACUUGAAUUUACGUGCAAAGUCUGUGAAUGAUCGGCCAAAAAGUAUUCUAAAGCAGUCUCCCCUGCAUCCAAAUUCCAUGAAUGGUACAAACAAUCUUUCAACGCAACAGAAGUAUGUGAAGUCCAAGUUAUGGGUGUCGAUAAACUUACCUGAUAAUGAGAUUUCGUUGUUACGGAAUAGACAGUUGAGCUUUGAUGAAAGAGAAGGUUCUUCUUCUUUUUCUGCUUCAAGUAGUACAAUAAGUAGAGUUUUGAAAGGGAAGGCUCCCCUAAGAUCCAAUUCAAGCUUGCCUAUAAUAAGUAUGCUAAAUGGUAUAGUUGGCGAGACCUAUAAAAGCAGCAGGACUGUGCUUGACUUAGUGCUAAACUUGUAUCAGGCUCAAAAGUCGAUAUGA